AUGAUUGAAUACUCGGAUCAAGAUCAACAGUCGUUUUUAUCUCUCUGCGGGACUAUUACGAACACUUUUACGCGUUGGACGCGGAGUUCCUUGGAAACAUCGACCGGACGCACACUACACUCGGUCCCUUUAUGGCAAAGCAAAGGCGAAUUAUUUGCUCUAGCCAGAUUCUCGAGAUGUGUGGUCGAACGGCUUGACACAUUACCCAAGAAAUGUACAUUGAACAUUCGCUAUCAGUCUUCAUCCAAAGGCAAAACGACAACAGUUGUGCCUCGUUGGAAUACAACAAAGGGAUCCAGCGCUUAUGUUCCUUCAUAUAACAUCGCUCCUGGAUCCUAUUCUCCUGUUCUCUGUGUUGGAAAACUGGUGGAUUCUUCCUCCUGUGUAGUGAUUCAGCCGAUGCGAUGGGGCUUGGUGCCUUCAUUUGCUCGCGAUGAUUCAUAUUCCGGCUACACCACAACCAACGCUCGUAUCGAGUCCCUACUCGAGAAACCCACAUACGGAAGUUCUUUACGCGAAGGAAAGCGAUGUGUGAUUGUUGUACAGGGUUUUUACGAAUGGAAGGCGGAGAAGGGACGGAAACAGCCGUAUUUCAUCUACCCAUCCGAUCCGGAGAAGCUACUCAUGAUGGCUGGAGUGUUCGCUUACAACAAAAGCAAAGAUUUGUAUUCCUACUCCGUCAUAACUGCAGACUCCGCGGGUGUCGUCGCCACCAUCCACCACAGGAUGCCUGUAGGUUCAAGCGCGCAGGGACUUUUAUCUCACAGGUUAUCUUAUCCACAGAUGAAGAAGUAUUCACGUGGUUGGAUUCCUCGUCAAUGGGCGUAACUGAGGUCAGUUCCCCCUGUUCAUGUUGCACAGCGUAUUGUUGAUGGUUCCUGUUAGAUCUUUAACGUUCUGUUGUCGUUUACUACCGGUGCGCCUGAUUGGACGGACCCCCCCCUCCUCGAUGAUCAGUCAGUGGCUUGGCGGAAGGGCAACAAGGAGCUCACUGGAAUGCCAAGUUGAGUUGGUGUUCGUUGCUUUGCUGAAUGGGGACUGCCCGAUCGACCACGUCGGUGAUUGGACACUAUAUCGGUAUUGACAUAUUCACAAAAUUCGUGGCGCUCUUACGCCCGUUUCUUGCCUCCAAUCUUACAAAUUCCUGCUACAUUUGGCCAAUACCCUGAGGUAUGCGCCCAUCUGCAUGCACCCAGUGACCGUACGUAUGAAUUCAACCAAAUUUGAUGGACCCGCUUGCAUCGCACCCUUGGAUGACGUCGACGAAGUUAAAAAAUCUGCUGGACCGCUGGGAUCGCAGAACAUAAUGACUGCAUUUUUCAAACGCAAGGCUAAGUCUGAAAGAAGAAGAAGAAGAAGAGGGUCCAUCGGAAGCGAAGCGAUCGGCCUCGGAAUCUACCUUUUCGGCCGUGGAACAACACUCCUCAACUAAAUGUAAGAAAGAAGAACCGAACUAAAAGAUGAUUAUUAUUCCUGGAACGUCUAUUCCAGCAUGUUGAUAAAAGUCAAUAAAAAAUUUAUUUCAUGA